AUGUCGUCGCCCUUGAUCGAUAGCAAGCCUGACAGUAUGGGCGAGAGUGACGAGGCUGUCGGCACCGGAGAAACCUCGGUCCGAAGUUCACGCCCCGACUCCUCAAUCUCGCCUUUGUCGCUGCCUCCAGCCCUCGACGAGUCCAGUGCAGAACCACCCACAGACAGUCUCCACGAAACAAAUCCACAGCAGACAGAAAGAACCUCAAACUUGGUGGUGAAACUCUUCGACACCGAGAGAACUCUCUACCAAUUUGCGACAGCCACAACAACGAUAGGCUUCCAAGACACAGAGUGCGAAUGCGGCGGCAUCUCAUCCCAUUAUCACGGUCGCGGUCGUCUUCAUGACAAGAUGAACGGAACGCAUCCGGCUGUUGGCCUUCGUGGAGAGGUAACUAACACAACCCCAGCGUCACCACCUACAGUAUCAUCAGGUGGCUCGGCGCCAAAGCGGCCAGGGUCACUGCCAAACUUCGUCCAAGUCGCAAAGUCCUAUGUCUUUGAGCAGGAGAUUCAAGACCGUCUGAGACAGAAUGGAGUCAGCCAAGCACGAGAGGACAACAUCCGGCUGGCGGGCGUGCAGUGGAUCGACAAUGUGCGGCGGGCAUUGAAGCUUCCAGUGCGAACCUUCAACACCGCUGUGGUCUACUAUCACAAAUUCCGCCUCCAGCACUCGGACGGAGAGUACAGCUUCAUAGACGCCUCGGCGGCAGCCCUCUUCGCGGCCUGCAAGAUCGAAGACACGCUCAAGAAAUCCCGAGACAUCCUCUGCGCGGCGCACAAUCUCAAAGCACCUCGGAAUGAACAACUUUCACCAGACGACCAGAUCUUCGAACACCACUCUCGCACCAUCAUCGGCCUCGAACGCCUCAUGCUCGAAGCCUCGGGCUUCGACUUCCGCAACCGCCACCCGCAGGAAUUCCUGAUCAAACUGCUCAAACACUACAAAUUCCAAAAGACCUCGCCCGUCGUGAAACUCGCCUACACAAUCUCUCUCGACCUCUACCGCACAUGGGCGCCCGUCAAGCAAACCACGGCGGUCAUGUCCUUCGCGUGCCUCGAACUCGCGGGCCGCUUGUUGGACGAGGAAUUUGCACCGGUGUGGCAGGGGCAAGAUUACGCCGAGUGGCGCGUCGAGCCCGGCAUGGUCAUGGAGACACUCCUCGAUCUGUUGGAGCUGUACACGCACCAUCGCAACCAGAGCGUGAUCGGGCCGGAGUUUCCGGUGGAUCGGUUCCUCGAGGUGCGCAUCCCCCUCAACCAGGAGAGCGCGGACAAGAAGAUCCCGAGAUUUACGGCGUGGGUGGAGCGCGGCGAUGAGGAAACGGCGGCGGCGAACGGCAUCAACGGCAUUAAUGGGGCCAAGAAGCAUCAUCUCCACGCCAACGUCAAUGCCAGCGUCAGUCCUAGGGACGUGACGAGUCCGAGACGCGGGAGCGCCAACACAAACACCAAUGUCGCCGCCGGAAGUUCUGGGUCUGGAUCCACAGGAGACAGAGAACCCAGACCCGCUCCCAGCGCUGUUAUUGGCGUGAGACAGCGCGUGGGCGAGAGAGGCAGAGAAGGCACCGUCCGGUUCAUUCUCAAUCCUGAUCGGGAGAGGGACGAAAAGGCCAUUGUGGACUUGUUCAUGAAUCCGUGA